AUCUGCGUUGAUGAGGCAGCACUGAUGGGCACUGAUGAGGUGGCACGGAUAGGCAGCACUGAUAGGCUGCACUGAUGAGGGCAGGGGCGGACUGACAACUCAUGGGGCCCCCCGGGUGAUAGGGGAUCAUGGGGCCCCUGUGUCCUUGCCCACACUCAAAAAAAGCCUAUAAAAGGUACCAGGGGCAUUUCAUGGGGCCCCCUACUGACCCUGGGCCCUCGAGCAGUGCCCAAGUUCUCGAAUGGUCAGUCCGCCCC